GUCUGUCAACGCGUCGUUUGGCUACUGGCGCAAGGUCCGCCUUGAACAGAGGGCGGACGGUAAUCCAUAACUUGAGAUAAAAACACUGUUUGACACAGAUUUGAGAUCUGCGAAAGAAGAGCAUUGCUGUCUGGAAAAAUGAGCAUUGGCCAGACCCAGACUAUCAUGGACAAAGUCCAAAAUGGCCCUAGUGGCAUGAAGUCCGCUGCAGAGAGGUCUACAGAGUUGGAUGAUGCUCUCAACUCGAUUGCGCUGGGAAACAAUGCCCCAGAAACGGCCGAGCCUGAGAUCACACCUUUCCGCACGAAAAGCCCUCCUACAACACCCCAAAAAGCGGUCGCAGUCAACGGUGGAGCAGUGUCUCCUGCUGGACAGGAAGGAGAAAGAGGGCGACAAGAAGCCAAGGGUAGCGUCAUUUUGUCUACAACCGCAGCGAAGAGGCGGAGAAAGAAGAACAAGAACAAGCCCACCGAGGCUGCGCAGCCGCUCAAUACCGUCAAAGGCUUCACACACACGCCGCUUGACUCGGGUGCGGAGGACUCUGACGCAUCCGUCAGUAGCCCUCACAUCCUGUCACCCAUGCCGCGUUUGCCUGCUUUGGCCGGUGCCAGCCCGGGACUGCGCCCACAGUCACCGGGGAUCAGUAGCUUGAAAGCACAACUCGACGCACUCAACUCUCGCAGCGAAAGCCGUUCAACCUCUCGCGUCCGGAACAACUUCGACUCUGAAGCACCCAGCAGUGCUGCCAGUGCCGCGUCCGAUACUCAAGCUGAAGACGUCCCCGACGACAUGGUCAGUUACCACGUUCAGAUUGACCAGGACUUUGUCAGUCAAUCGUUGGUUGAGACCGUGGCCAGCUCGAUGUCUGCUUCUACCAUGACCGUCGAUCAGCGGGCCACGUCAAUGAUCGCGCGCAAAAUGACUGCCGCCGAUUUCACACCAAUCCGCUGUCUGGGCGAUGGUGCGUUUGGUACUGUGCUGCUAGUGCGACAGAAUGCGACCGGUCGAUUAUUUGCACAGAAACAGCUUACCAAGGCAUUCUUGAAGAUUCACAAGAAGCGCAUUGAGUCGACCAGGUCUGAGCGAACCAUUCUGGAGUUGGUCAAUCGUCACCCAUUCAUUGUCAACCUAUAUUAUGCCUUCCAGGAUCAUGAGAAGUUGUACUUGAUUCUCGAGUAUGCCUCUGGUGGAGAGCUAUUCCGUCAUCUAGAGCUGGAAACAUUCUUUUCCGAGGAGGUUGCCGCAUUCUAUAUCGCUGAGAUUGUGCUGGCAUUGGACUACCUUCACAAUACUGUGGGCGUCAUAUACAGAGACAUGAAACCCGAGAACUGUCUGCUGGACGCCGAAGGGCAUCUGCUACUGACAGAUUUCGGUUUGAGCAAAGUAGCAGUUCAAGAUUCAAGCACGCCAGGGGGCAGCCGCUGCAACAGUUUGGGUGUCGGCACGAUCGAGUACAUGGCUCCAGAAAUCAUCAGAGGCUCUGAGGAGUCCGAUUGGGGUCCGGGGUACGGCAAGGCUUGCGACUGGUGGUCGUUGGGAGCCAUGGCAUGCGACCUCAUGACCGGAAAACCUCCUUUUGGCGGAGGGAAUUGGACCAAGAUUCAACAGAAUAUCAUGCAUCAAAAAUUGAGUCUGCCAUAUUUCCUGUCGCCAGAUGCCAAAGAUCUUCUCACCAGACUCUUGCGCAAAGAGCCCAGGAAGCGACUUGGAGUUGGUCCCAAUGACAUCAGUAUCAUCAAAAAGCAUCGAUUCUUCAAAAAGAUCGACUGGAAGAAGUUGGAAGCUCGGGAACUCGAACCACCCAUCAGACCGUUGGUAACCAAUCCAGAACUCGCGGAAAACUUUGCAAAAGAAUUUACUGAGCGGACAGUGGAUGCCGCUCCUCGCAGACACAGCAGAACAUUGAGCAAGUCCGAUCCCUUCGGCGGGUUUAGCUAUGUUGCCAGUCACAGCUUGCUUGAGGAGUCCAUGCUUUCGGAGCUGGAGGAGGCAGUUAUUGACGGCGAAUGUUAGACGUCCGCUUACCACGAAGGAAUGAAGCAAACAUGAUGUCAGACUCAAAAUUGGAUAAAAGCAUG